GACUCAGUGAGAGUCAUGCAUGUAACUCGAACUGACCCACGCGGGCACCGCAGCCACGGAGCCACCCUGUGUCGUCCCCACCAGCCUCCUGGCUGUCUUUGCAACCAACAGUCCCGCCCUUGCCCAGCCACCUGCUGGCUGUCACAUCUGGAGCCCGUGGCAGCGGGAGUGGCGAGGUGAGGCCCACCUGCGACCCAUGGGACGUAGGGAGUGUUUGAGGGCAGUGCCUGUGGCCGCUUCCUGGGGGUGUCCCUGCCUUGUCCCAAGCUCCGCAGCUGUGCUGUGUGACCCACUUUCCUGCCCCCGCAGCUGGCCUGACGUGUUCCCGACCUGGCGGGGCCUGCCUGCCCUCUCACCUCGCCUGUGGCCUCACUGCAGCUGCCUCGGGGCUCCGCCUCCGCCCCAUGGCUCCACCCAUGGUCCCUCCCUCGGCUUCUCCUGCGAGGAGCUGGAGACACCAGAUCCACAGGUCCCAGUGGAGCCGCCGGGACUCGAGGCUCACCCAGGGCUGUGGCGCUCUGCUCCCCGGCAGUCACCCCGUGCGGCCUCCUGUGGGCACCAUGAGGGCCUCUGUCCCGCUGGUGGUGGCCAUGCUCUGCGGCCUGGCCUGGGCAGGUGGAGAGUCCACCGACGAGUUGGAGCCAUUUCUGGGACUGGAGGAGGAGCCGGGUGUGGACAGCAGCCUGUACUCCGCACCUGGCUCCUGCCAGGGCCGCUGUCGCGAAGCCUUUGACAGACACCAGCCCUGCCACUGCGACGCCCGCUGCCGGGGCUUUGGGAACUGCUGUGAGGAUUUCCACAGCCUGUGCGACCACCACGAGGGCUUCUCCCGCAGCAGCAACGCCAUUACCGGAGAGGAGCUCCGGCACAUCUCGGAGCGGAUCUACAGGGCAGACACCAACAAGGCCGGGAAGGAAGACGUCGUGCUCAACAGCCAGAACUGCAUCUCCCCGUCGGAGACUGGGGACCGAGUGGACCGCUGCCCCGAGCCGCUCUUCAGCUAUGUCAACGAGAAGCUCUUCUCCAAACCCACAUAUGCGGCCUUCAUCCGGCUCCUCAACAACUACCAGCCGGCCACAGGCCACCCGGAGCACGUGGGCGCCCAGCAGGUGGCCGAGCAGCAAGCCUUUCUGAGCGAGGUCAUGAAGACGGCCGUCAUGAGGGAGCUCUCCAGCUUCCUCCUCCAGCAGAACCGCUACGGCUCAGAGCAGGAGUUCGUGGAGGACUUGCAGAACAUGUGGUUCGGGCUCUACUCACGUGGUGGCGAGGAGAGGGACUCCAGUGGCUUUGAACACGUCUUCUCAGGGGAGGUCAAGAAAGGCAAGGUCACGGGCUUCCACAACUGGAUCCGCUUCUACCUGCAGGAGAAGGAGGGCCUGGUUGACUAUUACAGCUACGUGUACGAUGGGCCUUGGGAUUCGUACCCUGACGUGUUGGCCAUGCAGUUCAGCUGGGACGGCUUCUACAAGGAGGUGGGCUCGGCCUUCAUCGGCAGCAGCCCCGAGUUUGAGUUUGCCCUCUACUCGCUGUGUUUCAUCGCCAGGCCCGGCAGAGUGUGCCAGCUCAGUCUGGGUGGACACCCCCUGGCCAUCCAGACCUACACCUGGGACAAGACCACGUACGGCCACGGCAGGAAGUACAUCGCCACGGCCUACAUCGUGUCUUCCACUCGGUAGCACUCCUGCCGCGCUGGGCUGGAGGGAGGGUGGGGGAGCGUGCCGGCCUGAGGCGCCCUGGACUGCAGAGGGGAGCCAUUCGGACUCCAAAACCGUGAUAGACACCCGUGACCCAGGAGUGCCACGUCGGGAGAGGGACGGGACGCCCCUGUGGAGAUCAAGGGCCAGUCGCGAGCCUCGGCGGUGUCUGGAGCGUGGUGGCGCCGCGAGCCAGGGCUUCAGCCUCACCCACCUGGGGCUUCCCUUCACUGUGCAGGGCGGGCCCUGUCCCCUUCCAGCCCUGGUGACGCUGCGGCUCUCCCCUGCAAACGGGGCCUCGGAAGCCCGCAGCGGGCCUGGGUCUUCUCUAGGGUCAGGCAUCUCCCGGCAGGGCCCACACUGAGGGUCAUGCUUCGUGUGGGAAGUGGACUGUGUGGGGGGUGGCCUGUUCCAGGCCCUCCCAGUGCCCACCCAGAAGCUUCUACCUGUGAGUGUUCAGUGCGGCUGCCGCCUGACGUUCUUGCUCCCAAGUCGGGUCCCCCCACCACGUCAGUGUCACUGACGUCAUCAUUUCCAGGCAGUCGGAGCAGCUCUAGAGUGGGAGACCAGGGAGGCUGGGGCGGGGCUGUGUCUCAGCCCCAUUUCCUCCCAGCUCCAAGGGGAACAGGGGUUGUCCCACAGAGCCAAGUGGGAACGACAGGUUUCAGGGUUUGAGUCACCAAGGAAGGUCAUUCAGGGAAACGUGAUCUCUCCCUCCCUCCCUCUCUCUGUCUCUCUGUCUCUCUGUCUCUCUCUCUCUCUCUCUGCCCCCACCCAGGAGCAUGGCUGGGGCUAGUGCUUUGGCCCCAAAGUCGUCUCUCUCUGGACCAGGGUUGGGGUGGGGGCGGCUUGCUCAUGUUGUACCUGCAAAGCCAAGAGCAGGAGGGGUGCAGUACGUGUGGCAUGACAGUGGCAGGUGGCCCCCGGCCCCAUGACCAGUGCCGGAGGGCGCGCUCCUGGGCAGCAGAAAGUGUGCAAGCUGGGAAGGCCAUGCUCACGAGGCCCUUCAAGAAUGCCCACCUGCAAACAGGUGGCUCAGGAAGACCAGGCCCAAGUCAGGCUCCUCCCCUGGGGCAUUCACAGGCCCACAGCGGGGCAGGGACCCCUCUGCCCCACCUCUGGCAGAGCUCAGCGCUCCGUGGGCAGUCCCCAAAGUCAGGUGUCCAGGGACCUAUCCGGGAUCUGUCACUUGCUGCUGUAUGGACAUGUCUCUUGAUUAUUCAGGUCCAUUUGCUCUCUGGUAAAGUGCGAUGCUAUUACGACCCUUGUAAGUCCAGGAAUGUGAAAUGACACACCGGCCAUUCUUCUCA